AAAUAAGUGAUCUUUUAACUGAUCAUAUCCCUAUCGAAACCGAAAGAGGAAUAUAGAAUAAAUCGCAAACUAAAGAAUAAAAUUGGAUUGACUUAAUGCAUAUUAUUCUUCACAUACUGCACGUUUUUGUCAUUCAAGAUAAACGAGUUGACGUCAGAUCACAACCAGACGAAAGCAUUAAUUUGCAUACAGUUGUUACAGCAUUUGCUUUUAAAAGUAUAUUUUCGUCUUAAAACUGCAUGAUGAGUGGGGAUGCGUCACUGGGAAACCAUCUAAAAGAAGCAAUGGAUCUGGCUUGCUCCAAUCUAAACGCAGAAAAAGAAAUUCAGUUCCUUAGGUUGUUCUGUGAAGCAAUGAUUGAUAAACGAACACCACUUAAUGAAUUCAAAGACACAAUGCAGGCAGGACUUGAUGAAGUCAAAAGUGAAAUGCUGAGUACACGAAAUGAAGUCAACAGCGCCAUGCAAACAACACGAAAUGAAGUUAUAACUGAAAUGCAAGCCACACGGAAUGAUAUCAACACAGCAAUGCAGAUUUCAAGGCAUGAAGUCGAAACUGCACUGCAAACAACAAGGAAUGAAAUUCAAACAGAAAUACAAACAAUGCAGAAUAAAGUCAAAGUCGCAAUGCAAACAACACAAACUGAAGUCAGUAAUGCAAUGCAAGCCACACGGAAUGAUAUCAACACAGCAAUGCAGACAUAUAGGCAUGAAGUCGAAAAUGCAAUGCAAACCACACGGAAUGAAAUUCAAGCAGAAAUGCAAACAAUGCGGAAUGAACUCAAAGAAGCUACCGACAAACUAACAGAACGAUGCCAGAUUCUUCUAAGCCAGCCAAGAACUACUGGGCUUAACCUAGCAAGGGAAAUAAUUACAAAUAGCCCACCAAGUUAUGAGUCUGUUGUAUUUGAAAGUCGUUUGAGAGCAUUUAUGAAUACGGAACGUGAUGAUAAUUCAAAAGAACAUCUGAAACUUAAAAAGGAUCUUGUGGAAAGGCUUCAG